AUGUUUGAAGAGACCACACGGAGGCUGCUUCGGGAGGUUGACAGAGACGGCUCUCUGAUUGCUGUUUCCAGACUCAAUGAUUCAAAAAAGCUGGAGCCACUGGCUGUGGUGAUCAAGCGGUCACCAUCACGUUUCUGGCAGAAAACCAAAUACAGACCCACAGACUUUACUCUUAAUGACCUGCUCCAGGGGAAACCCAUUCAAACUGACGCAGUGCUGAAGAAUGAUAUGUUUGCAAAAUAUAUAGAGAAGACGGAAAGUGUUGUUUUUGGAUCUGGGGAGGCUGGCAUGACUGGAGUCAGCAUUGGAGCAAAAGGAAGCAAAACUUACAAGCUCUUAUCAUCUCUUGGGACACUUAAUAAAGAAAGUCUAAAGAUACCACACUUUCUAAAACAAUCUAAAAACAGGAGAUUGGAUCCUCAGCACUGUCUGAUUCAGCAGACCCGAGGCAGAUCAAAUCAAACGUUUACUGUAGUUAAGGAGCGGAUCUUAACAACCUCAGACUGCAUUAUUGAAAACAGCAGAAUGGGUGAAGGAGGCUGCAGUGCAGUAUUGACAGCUUUGCGAUUCAGUCCUGCAAAGGUGUAUCUAAAAGAGAACAUUUUUCUGCACAGUGACACAGAUGUUGCUCUUGAGCUCCCACCUCGCACUGUUAUGGCUUACAGUGUCAGUGAACUGACCAUCAAAAGCGAUGGUCGCUUUGAGCUUUGCGUGCAGCCAGAUGGACUCGAAACUGACAAAGCCACAACGCUUCCUGCAUUUCAUGCUGUUUCAGAAGUGGAUGGCUUAGGAACAUUGCAUGAAUUACAGAAGGGAUCUUCACUAAGUGCACUAAAGAGUGAACUGGCUGAUACAAAGGCUCAUUUGGCUGUGUUGGCUCACCAGGCACCCCAGACUUGUUUCAUGCUGCUCAGCCUCUUUCAACAGAAUCUAUCGAACCGGACAUUUAUAUCCACUUUGGAAGACAAACUGGAUGGGUUAUGCAGUGGAGAAGCUCCUUACACUGAUUUGCCUGACACAUCAGACAAGCUUCUUGACAUGUUUGUGAAGAUUCUCCUGUCUGCAAAAUACAUUGCUGAUAAGCUACCCACAAUCCCCCUCCAUUCAGCUUACUCCAGCCACAAUGGAUCAGAAGUAAAGUCCACUCAACAGAACCUGUCAGUGUUGACCGCUAUGCACAUGCUGGUCAGUGCUACUGACGUACUGACCGAUGAUGGAGUUGACUCGCUCAAAAGCCUGUUAUCUGAAGACACGAUCAGCGGGUUAAAUUAUUUGGUAACCCGGCUGACAAACAAUUCCCAGCAUGUCCUCUUGGAUGAUCUUCCCCUCAAACUGAGGAAUGGUGACAUUUUCCAGAGUGUUAAGCAACUUUUUAGCACUUCAGGUGUUGUUUUGAAGACAGACAACAGAGAGUUGUGGGCAGAGACAGAAAGCACUCAUAGUACUCUACCCCUAGUCCUGUGUACUGUCAUCCAUGGUCUUGCCUACCUGAGAGAAGGAUGUAAAGUAGAUAAAGAAAUCUAAUUUUCAUGCAGAAUGCCUUUUAGACAUUUCAUAGCACUUUCAAAUGUAUCUGGUAAAUAGAGCUUCACAAAGCCAUACUGUGAUGUAUGACCGAAUAGGCUGUAUGUAUAUUAUGUUUACUUUCUUCAUAGGGUAUUUUUUUUCUACAGCACUGUUCAUAGGA